AUGAAAAUUUUUAUUAGUCUUAUUACUACCUAGAUUAUUUCUACAAUAAUAGCAUUUACGGAGUUUGAAGAACCAAAAGAGAUUAUAGCUUUGGCUUUAGAGCUUACUGGAAUAUUGGUGUUACUUUUACUUAAGAAAUAUAAUAUUUCAGAGCUUUUAUAAAGAGCCAUUCUGUUGAGUUAAGCAAUCUUAAUUUUUGUUUUGAUGCCAGAUUCGUAAUAUAAAUAUUUUACAGGUGCAUAUCAUAUAAUAGUUCGUUUAACAGCUUAUCAAUAAAUUUCUCAAAUGUUAAUGUUAGAAUGGACAGGUAUUCACAUAAAAAUAUGUAAUUAGCUUUACUACUUACCGUAUUUAUUUUCGGAACAUCUAUAGAAAUACAUGAAAUUUUUCGAAGUAUUUUUUCUUGUAUUGGUUUAUUGAUCAUUCAAGGUUUUAAUGUUUAUGCCUAGUUUGAAAAAGAUAGAAAAAAACCAGAAAUAAUGAUCUAUUCAAAGGUAUAGUAUACAGGUAUUGAUUCUAAUGUGAGAAGCUUAAAUGAUAGAAUUACAGAUCCUAAUUAUUAUGUAUUGCAUUUGGAUGAUCAAUACAAUGUAAUGGGAUUCUAGAAAUAAAGUUAAACACUUUAAAAUUUAGAAAAUGGUUUAUAAUCAAUUCUAAAUGAUUUAAUAAUAAAUAAAAUUGAUUAAAAAUCCAAAUCCAUAUUGUAAUGGAAGAGUUCUGGUUGUAGUCUAUAGAAUUUGUUAGAUUAAGUAAGAGCUAAUAGAAUACCAAUGGUGAUUUAAAUUUUGGAUUAUAGUCAUCCAUAAUUGAAUAAUCAUUUCAUAAAAAUAAUAUAUUAAAAUGAUUUCCAAAUAUAAUUUUUGGAAUUAGAGGAAAGAGAUAGAUAUUAAAAAUAGAAAUAUAUAUUUGUUAUAUUGAAAUAACUGUUAAGUACAAUGUCACAUGAAUUUGGAACUUCAUUAAAUUAUUUAUUAGCUAUAGCUUAAGUAGCAAUAGAGAAAUAUACUGAUUCUGAUUUGCUUUCUUAUUUUAUGCCUAUAAAAUCAAUGGGAUUAAUAAUGCACAAUUUUGUAUUAGAUAUGGUUGAUUACAAUAAUAUUUAAGGAAAGAGAUUAGAGUUAUAAUUAGAGAAGAUUGAUGUAAUUUAAUUAAAUAAAAUAGAUAAAUUAAUUAUUGGAAGAAGUUAUGAAUAUCUUCUUUCAUACUUUAUAAUAGAAGGGAUUAAAAAUAACAUAUGAAAUCUUUUUAGCUGAAAAAACAAUUCUAACAGAUGGUCGAAGAUUAAAAUAAAUACUAAUAACAUUGAUUUAGAAUGCAUAGAAGUUCACUUUUUCAGGAGGUAUAAAAAUAAUAGUGAAAUCAAUUGAAUAGAAUAAAUAUGUUCAAUUUGAAAUUUAAGAUUCAGGUAUAGGAAUGACUAGAAGUGAAAUAGAUAAUUUAACGGAGAUGUUGAAAUAUGAUUAUAAAUAAGAAAAGAAGAUAUCAAAAAAUACAGCAGGAUUUGGAUUAGGUAGUUUUUUAUGUAAUAAAAUUGCUAUGAGUUUAAGUAAUUUAAAAUAUGAAGAAGGAGGUGGUAUAAGAUAUUAUAGCGAAUAAUAAGAAAUUCGAGGUACUAAAGUUGUUUUUAAGAUUGUUAAUGAACCAUUUAAUCUUAGUUUUACAAUGACUAGUCCUUAAGAUAAUUCAAGUGGAAUAUUGAAGAUUGGAAAAAAUGCAGUUAUAGAUGUUAAACAAUCUUAAAUUGAAUUUGGAUUAAGUGGUCUCAAAAAUCCAUUAACUAAAAAAUUUAGUAGUGUUAUGGUACCUAAAGUGAAUAGUUUUCAUGAUGAUCCAAUUAAGGAACAUUUUAUGACAAAAAUAACAACAAAAGAUAAAUUAGGAGGAUCUCUGUUUGGUAUUUAAAUGUAACACACAAAAAGAGAUUAAGAUAGUAUUAAUGAUGAAACAAAUGAAGAAGACUAUUAAAAACGUUUAUAAUUUUAAAAUAUCAGAUUAUCUACUCAACCUUAAUAUAAUAAAUCUAGUAAAUAAAGUUCCUAUGAUGAUGAGAUUGAUAAUGUCAUUGUUAAUUGUAAUUGUAAAUCAAUUCUUAUUGUUGAUGAUGAAAUGAUUAAUAUUCUUGGUUUAUAACUUAUGCUUAAAUCUUUCAAUUUAGAAUCAGAUUCAUCUUAUAAUGGUUAAGAAGCACUUUUAAAAUUAGAAAAUGGUAAUUGUUUUAUCAUCUAUUUUAUUUAGCUCAUUGUUUAUACAAUUUUAUUUUUAUGGAUAUUAAUAUGCCAAUUAUGGAUGGAUUUGCUGCAACUAAAGCUAUUUUAGAAAAAUAUAAAAAAGAUGCUCCAAUUAUUAUUGCUUGUACAGCAUUUACUGAUAGUGAAACUAAACAAUUUUGUUAUGAAAUAGGUAUGUCUCAUUAUAUAAAUAAACCUGUCAAUAAAAAUGAACUUCAAAAACUUUUAUGUUAUCUUAUUAAUUGA